AUGGAGGCGCAGGCGCGCAGUGGAAUGGAGCUGUGGUCGUGUCUCGCCUCACCGGCCGCCUCUUUCAUCCUCUUCUCCUUCUACGUCUACUUCGACAUCACCGAGAUCGACGACGUCAACACCAACGAGCUUUACAAUGCCAGCCAGCUCUACCUCUCCUCCUCCGUCUCCAUCUCCGGCAUCCGCCUCUCCCUCACCCGCGUCGUCACCUUCGACCUCGCCUACAACGACUCCGUCGCCGACUCCUUUAACGGUGCCACCGUCCUCUUGGAGCACGUCGUCUCACAGCGCCACUCCCAGACCUUCUCCUGGAACCCCUGA